AAGUGAAAGACCGAAAGCUGCUUGGGAACCAAAAAAGCUUCCGCCCAAGUCAAUCCUCGAACCUUCUUUAUCAAGAUUUAAUCCACUCAAUAAUUUACAUCGCUACUCCCCUUCGAAUGCUCGUAGAACCUUCCUAUAAUAUAAUACGAAACGGAAAUUGAUGCCAUUUCCCCUUCCUAUAGCUUCGCUUUGUCCUGUCCGACUACUCGCCCUCAUUCCAACAACAAAAACAACUGAAUCCCGACCCUACAAUUUACCACCAUCACUAGUCCUACGGGACUGAACAUCGAGAAAUGGGUGGUGUCUGCUCUUCUUGCUGCGGAGGUAUGCAUCGUAGAUUAUAUCUUUGGAGUCAUCUACUUAUCUACAGACUGUGCAGGUAAAUCCCGAGAUGGCUUAUAUGAGCCAGUGCUUGCAGAAAGCGAAAGAGAAGCGGUGGCAGACCUUCUACAAUACCUCGAGAACGUAAGGAAUGCAUAUGAUGAUAAUGUAUUUGAUGUCUAACGAUGCUCUCAGCGCGGCGAGACCGACUUUUUCUCCGGCGAACCUCUACGAGCUUUAAGUACCUUGGUAUUUUCUGAUAAUGUCGAUCUUCAGCGAAGUGCUAGUUUAACAUUUGCUGAGAUAACCGAACGAGGUACGUCGUUUUAUACACCUGGAUGGAUGUAAAUACGCAAUGUCCGACUCGAGAAGGGAGUGCAUGGCUCGUAUCGAUGAUGGACCGCCUCGCAUACAAGUUCCCCGAUGACAGAGUUCAGGGCAGAGAGCAUUAGAAUAUUUGUAUUGCAGGGGUGUAAGUACUGACACCUUUCAGAUGUCCGUGAAGUAGAUAGAGAUACCCUCGAGCCGAUACUCUUCCUCCUGCAAAGUCCAGAUAUCGAGGUGCAACGAGCGGCUAGCGCAGCUCUUGGGAAUCUCGCAGUCAACAGUGAGUUAUGCUUUCCCUGCUGUAUGCACUAAUCUGACACACGACGCAGCGGAAAACAAAGUAGCAAUCGUACUUCUUGGAGGCCUUACACCUCUCAUCCGACAGAUGAUGUCUCCAAAUGUUGAGGUGCAAUGCAACGCUGUUGGUUGUAUUACCAAUUUAGCAACACACGAGGAUAAUAAGGCCAAGAUCGCACGAUCAGGGGCAUUAGGGCCUCUCACUCGUCUAGCAAAAUCUAAGGAUAUGCGUGUGCAGAGAAAUGCUACUGGUGCAUUAUUGAACAUGACCCAUUCCGGUAAGGAACAACCUUGUCGAGAUAAUAUUUCCAGACACUGACAAUAUUCAGAUGAGAAUCGCCAGCAGCUAGUUAAUGCUGGUGCCAUACCGGUUCUAGUACAGCUCCUCUCUUCUUCAGAUGUAGAUGUACAAUACUACUGCACAACAGCUUUGAGUAAUAUCGCCGUUGAUGCUAAUAACCGCAAAAAACUCGCCCUGAACGAGAACAGACUCAUACAGUCUCUUGUGAACCUCAUGGAUUCAUCAUCACCUAAAGUUCAAUGUCAAGCAGCUCUAGCUCUACGAAAUUUAGCUUCCGACGAGAAGUACCAACUGGAAAUUGUGCGCGCUCGCGGUUUAGCUCCAUUAUUACGACUUUUACAAUCCUCAUAUCUACCAUUAAUACUUUCAGCUGUCGCUUGCAUACGCAACAUAUCGAUACAUCCAUUGAACGAGUCCCCAAUUAUUGAUGCUGGGUUCCUUAAACCAUUGGUCGAUUUACUAGGUUCCACCGACAAUGAAGAAAUUCAGUGCCACGCCAUUUCGACACUUCGUAACCUUGCUGCUAGUUCUGAUCGAAACAAGGAGCUUGUUUUACAAGCCGGAGCUGUUCAAAAAUGCAAACAACUUGUUCUGGAUGUGGCCCUUAGUGUUCAAUCCGAAAUGACUGCUGCAAUCGCUGUAUUGGCAUUAAGUGACGAUCUCAAGACCCAACUUCUCAACCUAGGGGUGUUCGAUGUCCUCAUUCCAUUAACAGAUUCCGCGAGUAUCGAAGUUCAAGGUAACAGUGCUGCGGCGCUUGGUAACUUGUCUUCCAAAGGUAAGUUUAAUAAUGGGUUCAUGCUUUACGACUUGGAAUGCUAAUCAAUUGCAGUCGGCGAUUACUCUAUCUUCAUUUCAGCCUGGACAGAACCACACGGAGGCAUUCACGGUUACUUAAAGCGCUUCCUUGCUAGCGGAGAUCCAACCUUCCAACACAUUGCAAUCUGGACAUUAUUACAACUAUUAGAAUCCGAGGAUAAGAAGUUGAUAGCUUUGAUUGGGAAAUCGGAAGAGAUUGUACAAAUGAUCAAGACUAUUUCCGACAAACAAAUUGAAUCUGACGACGAAGGUGAAGAGGAUGGUGAAGGAGAAGUUGUUCAACUUGCUCAAAGAUCAUUACAACUACUCGGACAGAGUGGAAAGUCAUCCCAUAUCGAAGGUUGAGCCAUUACAUGGGAAAAGAUUUCUUUGUUAUUUGCAUCUAGCUAUGGGAAGGGCACGGUGUUAGGAGUAUAAUCAAAGGCAUAAUAGUUUGUAGCGAGCAUUGGCAGAGCGGGGGGCGCUGCACAACUUUAUUUCUGUUUUUCAUGACAAACCUUCAGAGGUUCCUGUUACUACGGUAUAUCUUUUCACGACGUCUCCCUUCAAUAACUUAUUACAGCUCAUAUGGAACUUUAGUUGUUAUUCAUGUAAUUAGAUAGGACGUUAUGAUAUCCAAUUUCAAUAAUUGCUAGGAAUAUCAGGAAUUCUC